UGUUACUGUUUGUGUAUUUGAUUCUCUUUCUCUCUCUCUCUCUCUUUUUCUUACAGAUAUCGUGAAAAGGCAAAAGAAGAUGCAUCUGUUAUAAGUGAUUAUGUCACUGAAAUACUGGAAUCUAUUGGCAGGCCUCCAGAUACCAUCUCUGAGAAAGACAUUUGGCUUUUCUGCAGGAAUGCUGCUUUUCUACGACUUGUGCGAUGUCGUUCGCUAGCAGAGGAGUUCAAUGCAGAAACAACAAAUAAAGAAGAAAUUGCUUCUUGUAUGGAGAAUCUCGACAGCGAAAUGGUUUUGUACAUAAUGCUACGAGCUGUCGAUUGUUUUCACAGGCAGCAUGGGCGAUACCCAGGUGUUUAUAAUAACCAAGUUGAAGAGGAUAUUGGAAAGUUGAAAUCGUGCGUGGUUGGCCUGCUGCAGGAGUGGGGUGUCUCCGUAUCUGUGAAGGAUGACUACAUUCAUGAAUUUUGUAGGUAUGGUGCUUCAGAACCACAUGCUGUUGCCUCAUUUUUGGGAGGAGCUGCUGCCCAGGAGGCCAUCAAAAUCAUCACAAAGCAGUUUGUACCUUUCAAUAACACAUUUAUUUACAAUGCAAUGUUGCAGACAUCCAUGACUGUGAGAAUGUAGGGCCUUUGUUCCCUGAAGCACAAAUCUGUAUGCAAAUGGAGACAAGGACUGUCCUUCUAGAGUGUUCGUAAACAAUUUAUGUAACAAAGUUCAAUUAAAUUAAUAAAAUUCCUUAAGUUUG